AUGUCUGAGGGAGUGUGUAAAAUAUUUCUAAAAGUUGAUAAUGCUUUUAAGAAGAAUGGAAAACCUGAUUUGAAAAAAAUAAAUACAAAUGCUAAAUACCUGAAGUAUUGCCCUAUGAAUAUCGAAGGAGUAUAUAAAUGUGAAGACGAUAUUAAAGGAAUUAAUACUAUGUGCAUGUAUUUAUUUACUGAAUUAUUCAAUCGUAGCUUGGACACACAGAAACAUGAAAAUAAUGAUAGCCAAUAUGUUGAAUACGUUAUGAUGUGGUUAGGCUAUAGAUUGUUUCAUGCAGAAAGUUAUAGUUCAACAAAUUUUAUGGAUUUUUAUAAUAAUAAUAUAUUGAAAUCGCAUCUAACAUAUACAUUUGACAAUAAAAUAAAUAAAAAAAAGCAGUUGUUGGAUGCCAAUCUUUAUUAUAUGAGUCGACUGUAUCAGUUAUUUAAUGAAAUGUGCCAUAUCACUUUGAAAUAUUCAAAAAAUAAUCUCUAUAUGAAAGAAAUGAAAAAUGAUUCUGUAAGAUUUUAUAAUAAUUAUAAAAGUCUUUAUGAUUAUAUUAACGAAUGUGAUUCAUAUCUUAGUUUAUUAAAUAAUUUAAAGACGCAAUACGAAAAUUUAAAAAAUUCUCUUAUUAAAGAUAAACGAAAUCGUCGUUAUGUAAGUGUAAUAAGUGUUAAUUUAAAAAAUCUUCCUCAUACAAGGCAAGCAAACAAAACAUCUACAAUUGGAUUUGAUUGCCCAAAAUGCAAAAAAAUAAAUUCAAAUAUCGAAAAAAUAAACCCCAAAGCUAUGCCAAAACUUCCAAAACCUAAAUCAGCGGGAUCAUCACCACAAUCACAAAAAGUACCUGUACCAGCAACAUCUAAAAAACCAGAACCUGUAAAGCCUAAACCAGCAACGUUAUCACAAAAAUCGGACCCCAAACCACCAUCACCCCCGCAACAAGUAUCGGCACCAGCACCAACGUCACCUGCAAAACCGGAAUCUGUAAAAACUAAAGCAGAAACAUCACUACCUUCAGAAUCAUCACAACAACCAGAAAAACACCCCCCAUCAUCACCACCAGUACAACCACCAGUAUUGACCACACCGAUUCAAAAGGGAUCACCCGAUUCUCAAGGUGUAUCAAAUUCUGCAGUGGAUCAACUAUCAGAUCAAGGGAAUAAAUCAAAAGAUUCAGAUAGCGACAAACGUAACACAUCAAGUGAAAUGGGAAAACAAGGAGGUGACAUAGAGCAUAAACCAGAACAAUCACAAGAUGGCGAACAGCAAAAUUCAGGCUCUAAACUAGGAGAUUCGAGUGGUGGAACAGGUGAUCCCCCAUCAGAACCACAUCCACCAAGUCAAGACGGCAAAUCAGAUAUAAAAAAUUCACUAAAUCAAUCAGAAACAUCAAGUAUAUCAGAAGGAUCUUUUGGAUUCGUUCCCUCAUUUCUUAGUCUCCUUUCAAAUGGAACGAAAAUUUUUAAUAGAGCUUCCGAUUUUAUUGAUCAAAAUCAGCAAAGGAUUAAUGAUGCUAAGGACAAAAUCAGUGGUGCAUAUAAAGACGCUAUGGAUAAUUUAAAAAGUAUUUACAGUGCAUCUAAUGAUUAUUUUAACAGCAUUAUUGAUAAUAUAACUACCGAACUUAAUCAAGUUAACACUCCUAAAUCAGGCAGCUCAGGAGGUAACUUACCACAAAGUAGUGAUCAAUCAAAAAAAAUUGGAGAUUCACUACCACCGCAACCAUCCGAUCCACCAAUUAUACCGCCAAAUCCAUCGCAAAAAAAACAAUCAUCUCCACAAACACUGUCUACCACACCGCUCCCCAAGCAAACCGAUACAUCUACUCAAAAAACAAAUGCCCAAAUAAAUGUUCAAUUGUUAAAAUCACAAAAUUCUGACCCCAUUUCAAGAACCCACGGGAAUAUAAUUCCAACUACAUGGAAUGGAUCAGGGGAGUGUAAACCUGAAAUAAAAUUUAUGAAUGCCACAUUAGUGUGCUGCACAUCUGAGCAGUGUAGUUUAACUAGAGUUUCGGUUACACUUAUUUUAAUACCCAUUAUUUUAUUAAUUGUAUAUAAGGACGAAAAAACUAAAACCGGUUAUAAAUUCAGUUGGCAAAAAAAAAGAUCCACUAUUAAAUAUAUACAAACUCAUGCAAGAUGA